AUGCAAUACACUGUGCCAAUGCCAGCGGAAGGACAUACUGGUUGUGAAUGUGACCAGUGGGAUCAAAAAGAUUUCUGCCUUCCAUCAGCUCAAGAGUCUAAAGUCAAUAAGAUGUCAUUAGUCCUCGGUGCUGCGGCCCUACUUGAGAAUAAGGAAUACAAUACCACCAAGUUCCAAAACUGUAGAUCGAGACCGGUAGACAGGAGCUGCUCCAUUACUGGGAAUAAUUGGAAUUCUGGGAUUCUGGGGCUCUUGCACUUCGAUGUCUUUGAACGGUAUAACACACUUCUUGAUGACUCUAACCAGCCCCCCGUUGCUGAUGCGUAUAUUACGGACCUUGCGGAAAUUUUCAUCCGUCACAAUGUCGAAAAGGUUUUUGGGAUUCACUUGAUCCACGGUCACUUCAAGAUUCCCAAAGGCACCGUCAUGCUCGGGACCAACUUUGAAAGCCCCUCCCUUCAGUGGACUAAAGUCACCGAUAUUGACAAGAUUGAUCCCUCCCGUGUUCAUGGACACAUCUUCGCCCUGGCUGAGGACGACCUGUGUGCUUGCGAGCUACAGGGCGGCCGGCCUCUUCCUGACCUAUCUGGCAUUGGACCGGAGGUUCUUGACGGGUUCAUUAACUAUAUUGUCAAGAACAAUCUCACAAGUCUCAUUGGUCUUCAAGUCCUUGGGUGGAGUGAUAGUUCCAUGUCGGAACUCAUUCUCGAUCAUGGAGCUGUCAUGCUGGGGUCGACUUAUGUCAAAAACAUCAAAAACACGGCGCCAACCCUCAUCACAGGCUGGAAGUUCGAGAUGACCGGUGCCCAUCCAGAUCAUGCAUGUUAUAUGCUCCACUUUCAUCAUCCUGAAUAG